CCUAGUGACUAGCGUUGUAGCUAGUGCGUCGUAGUUAGAAAGCGCUAGUUUCCUGAGCCACUGAGUGAGUUCCUUGUUGAAGUAAGCUAACUGCCUGCCUAUUUUUUUUUUUCUAAAGGCAGCCCCUAUUGUUGCUUUACAGGGGUGACAGGGGAGCGGCAAAUAAUGGGAAGGAGUGCCCGCUGCUCCUGCACCGUCACUCGCCCUGUCUGUCCCCCGGCCCCGGUCCUCACUAGCUCCAGCAGUCCGUCUGUGGAAGCGUCUGGAGCCUGCUAGCUCUGCCCACCGCCCGCCUGUACCCGCUCUACUGACACAGCGCCAAAAUGGUGUUCUUAUUAAAUCCUCUGGAGAACCUGAAGACCUACAUAAGCAGCCGUCCACCACUGGUUAUAUUUAUGGUCAGUGUCAGUGCUGUGGCCAUCACGUUCCUUACAAUUGGAUAUUUCUUCAAGAUUAAGGAGAUAAAAUCUCCUGAAAUGACAGAGGACUGGAACACUUUUCUUCUUCGUUUCAACGAGCUCGACUUCUGCAUCUCAGAAAAUGAGACGCUUAAGCAUGGCCUCAAUGAGUCCACGACUCCAGAGAGCACGGUGACCAGCAGCCAGUCGCGCUCCAGCACCCAGGCUCCUUUACUUUUGGAGGACCCAGGCCCCAUUAACAUCUCUGUCCCCAUCACCCUCACCCUGGACCCCUUGAGACCAUUUGGGGGCUACUCUCGCAACAUCACUCACCUCUAUGCCACUGUGAUUGGGCAGCAGGUGGGCCUGGCUGGCAGGGAAGCUCAUGAAGAGAUGAAUAUCACAUUCACGCUUCCUGCAUCGUGGAACUCCGACGACUGCAUUCUGCACGGCCAUUGUGAGCAGGUGGUCUUCAGCACCUGCAUGACCGUCACUGCAGCCAGUAAUGUCUUCCCUGUCACAGUGCAGCCACCUCACUGUGUUCCAGAGACGUACAGCAAUGCAACGUCCUGGUACAAGAUCUUCACCACAGCACGGGACUCAGACACCAAAUACACCCAGGACUAUAAUCCAUUUUGGUGUUAUAAAGGUGCCAUUGGGAAGGUGUACCACGCUCUCAACCCCAAACUCACUGUCAUCGUACCAGACGAUGAUCGCUCUCUCAUCAACCUGCACCUAAUGCACACCAGCUACUUCCUGUUUGUGAUGGUGAUUACAAUGUUCUGCUAUGCAGUCAUUAAAGGCAGACCUGGGAAAGUAAGACAGACCAACCCAGACUUCUGUCCAGAAAAGGUGGCUUUGUCAGAAGGAUAGACGGGAUCAAAGUUAGAGCUACGGACUGAACCAUAUCAGCAGUAGAGGUUGGCAGCAUUUGAACUGAACCAUAUCAGAAGUAGGGGAAAGAAAGAAGAAAAAAAAAACUUGUUGCCUACUGAACCCAGGAGAAGGGUGCAAAAAAACUCUGUAAUGCGAAUCUCUGCAAUGUUGGGUCACUCCAACCAAAGACUUUCAAGUGCCUGUGUCUACUGUGUAUAUAUUUGUAGGACCCUUACAUUCAGUACAGAAGCACUCUGCCUAAACCCCUCCCCCCUCCUUCAGUGUUCCAUCCACUUCCACGUCAAUAUCAUCAAGAGAAAAGAGAGGGAAGGACGGGCAACAGCACUUCCACAUAUUAUCCCCAACCGAUGCGUUGUUUUAGAUCCUUUUUUUUUUUUUUUUUUUUUUUUUUUUUUCUUCAGCACCUUUUUGUUGAUCGCAUGAAGAAAAGUCACAGCUACCAAUGAAAUGUGAUUUGGUGAUCCAUGGCUGGAGGAUGGACUGUGCUUUUUUUCCUUUUUUUUUUUUUCUUCAUUGUUCCUUCCUAAAGGCUCUUCGGUGGUGUUUGACUGGCCCUCAUCAGAUAUAGUAUGAACUAAAGUUUCUGGAGAUUGUUCUUUAGCUCUGAAAAAAAGUCAUUGCUGAUGAGAGAAUGGGCCAGUGGACUGUUAAUGUAGAAUGGUUUGUUGUUAUUGUGUGUGAAUUUCUUUUAUGUGGACCAUGUCACUUGAUAGGGCAAGUCCCUUACUGAUUUUUGAAAUGUGAUGUACAAAUUUUUUUUGUUUGUUUGUUUUAUCGUUUAGAUUCUCUUUUACCUCAAACCUUACUUCUCCUUUUUUUUUCCAUUUUAAAGAAAAGGUCAGCUUUCCUUCCUAAUAUAGUACAUUUUUAAGUCUCUCUCUCUCUCUCUCUCUCUCUCUCUCUCUCUCUCUCUCUCUCUCUCUCUCUCUCUCUCUCUCUCUCUCUCUCUCUCUCUCUCUCUCUCUCUCUCUCUCUCUCUCUCUCUCAUUGUACUUCCUACCUUCUGCCUUCUGUGUUUUAGCACUGGAUCUUCACUUAAACAUUCUUUAAACAGAAAGAGAAGAUAUUAAUUUGUUCCACUUCAGCCCUUUACCUAAAACACCUCUCUUCAUCUCCAUAUUAAAUUGUUAUCAUUCCGAUGCAUAUCAUAGACGUUUGCUCUCAGUGCAACUUUGUUUUUUUUAGUGCAGUUAUAUUAGUUUGCCAUUCAUGGAAAGGGAAAUGAAGGAUCAUAAAUGUGUCUGCCUCCCUCAUUUCAUGUUUUUAUUUUUGCCUCAUCUCCUUUUUUUUGUUUUGUUCUCAUCUGCUUGCUCUGCCAACACUGCCUUAAUGUACUUUCAUUCUCUCCUGUGAGUCAAGUUAUUUUGCUUACAUUGCUUAAUACCGAUAGAUUCUAUUCAUAUUUAUAAAGCUCCAUCUCAGCACUCUCCUUUUAUAGUCUCGUUUAGGCAGUUGUCACCCCAUCUCUCGCCCUGUACCUUUUAUUAGCACAUAACACGCUAACAUCGAACCACUAACGUGCCUUUGCACUAGUUGGCUGCAUCACCCCUGUAAAUAGCAUGUCCAUUUUAAGAACACAUGGAGGAAGGCCCUCAGUUGUCCUGAUGUAAUCGAGUCAAGCAGAAAUAAACUUUUCUCUUCUCCACACAUUGCCCAUUUCAUCUCUAACUACAUAGCAGAAACCAUAACAACUUCAAUAAUAAGCGUGACUAAAGUAUGGUUUGGUUUAGUGUGGCUUUAUACCCAAAAAUGAGCAUUACUUCAUGUGCUAAUAAGUUAAGAUAAAUGAUGCUUAACAAUGAGCUUCAUAGCAACCAGGCAAAUAAGGGGUUGGUCAUGGCUACAUAUACACUUAUUCUAAAAACAUUUUAUUUAUAUAGAGAAAGCAAUAUUUUAUUUUUUAUUUUUAACUAUAACAUCUUAAGCUGUAGCCAUGUUUUUUUUUAAAUAUAGAUAAUUAAACCCCCGGGUUUGGUCUGGGUCUGCUUAAGUUGCUUGGUUUUAAUGCUAACCAUGCAAAGGGAUUUAUAGCCAUGUUGAAUUCAUUUUAGUUUUAUAUUAAUGAGGCCUUUUAAGGACUGAUUUAUAUUUAUUUGAAUUAAUCUCUCCAUGCUCUUUCCACAAUUUUUCUUUCAUAGCAAACAUUGGUAGGUUGUGAAAGCUUUAGUGAAUGCUGGUAAAAAAUAAGGAGAAACUACAGCUCUGGAAAUAAUUAAGAGACCACUUUCUGAAGUUUCUGAAUCAGUUCAUCUGAUUUAGCUAUUUAUAGGUUUAUGUUUGAGUAAAAUGAACAUUGUUGUUUUCUUCUAUAAACUACAAACAACAUUUCUCCCAAAUUCCAAAUAAAAAUAUUGUCAUUUAGUGCAUUUAUUUGUCAGGUUCAGACUUUAAAUAAUGCAAAGAAAACAAGUUCAUAUUCAUAAAGUUUAAGAGUUCAAAAAUCAAUAUUUGGUGGAAUAACCCUGGCAUUUUCUCCUCCACCAGUCUUACACACUACUUUUGGAUAACUUUAUGCCACUCCUGGUGCAAAAAUCCAAACAGUAAUGCUUGUGAUCAUCCAUCUUCAUCUUGAUUAUAUUUUAGAGGUUUUUUCAUUUGGUAAACUCAAAGAAAGUCAUUAUUUUUAAGUGGUCUCUUAUUUUUUUUCCCCAGAAUUUAUAUGAUUCAGCACAGUUUGUGUGCAAUACAAUUAUAUGUGCAUGGUUUGAGGUGAAAAUAUUUCUCAAACCAAUACUAAGGACCUCCAAAUGCUUCAGAUUUUGUUCCAGAUUGCAACAUAAAUGUGUGGACUGGGUGUCUGGGUUUACAAAUUGCUGUUCAUUUAGACCAUCAUUCUAUAUUUAACGAUUCUAGGAUUGAUUGUCUUAUUUUUUUUUUACAGAAAAAUGUCAAUAGCAGUGUUGCAAACUAAUUGUUUCUAUUUGCAACCAACCAGCCUAGUUUUGAUUAGCUACAACAUUUUCCAUCUAGCUUAUAGAGAUAACUCAACACCUGUCUGAUCAAUGAUUUCUUAUGUUCUCAUUGGGUUAAAUCUUUUUUUUUUUUUUUGUCUGCAUUGUGUAAAGCUAAUCUAACCUCCAAUGGUAGCUCAAGAAAAAUGCAUUUGUGGACAGAGCAUGAGUGCAAAUGUAAUUCAAAGCUCCAGAAAUACAUUUAGAUCAUCUUAAAUUACAAAAUAUCAAAACAUAAACAAAUAACUGAUAAACUAGCUUCCAUUUGCGUUCACUGGAAGAUAAAUGUGCAGCAGGUUCCGUGGACGCUGGCUGCAGACCGGAUCAUAUUGAUCCAUCCCCUUUAUUUCAUUUGAUUUUGGGACACUGAGUGACAUGUACUUGUCAUGUACAUUGAUGGUGGAUGGCCCUCUUCUACAGUAGGUAUCAGUGACAGAGCUAUAGAACAUACCCUUAAACAGAUUGUAAGGUUUUGAGUGUGACACCGUUAUGGUUCUUUCACUUGUCUUGAUGCAUGAUUGUAAAUGUCCUGCUGACCCGUUUGUAAGAAGACAAUCCUACUGUUAUGUGUGCUCUUUGUAAAAAUGCUGUAGGCACAUGCUUCGCUGAAUAAAAUCAAAUGUAAGAAUGA